AUGCCUCAGCCUCUCUCACAAUCGCCAUAUGUAAAAGGCGCCGCCAACCUGAUAGCCCUCAUCUGGGUCGCCAUUGGCGCCAACGCCAUGGUCCGACCUCGAAGCGGUCUUGAAAUCUUCCAAUUUCCGCUCCCAGCAUCCCCCGAAGCCAGAAAUCUCGUCGACAACCUCAUGAUCAUCUACGGUGUGCGAGACGUCUUCAUGGGCGUCGCCAUGUAUGCGGCCGUCAUCUUUGGAACGAACAAGGCCUUAGGUUGGAUUACGAUCGCGGCUAGUGCUGUUGCGUAUGUCGAUGGGUUUGUGUCUAUUGCUCAGAUAGGUGGUGGUCAAUGGAAUCAUUGGGGAUAUGCACCUGUGUUGACUGUUGUGGGGAGUUUACUGGCUGGUAUCGCAGAUUGA